UUGUGCGUCAUCUAAUUACAUACUUUCUCUACUAACUGGUUCUAAGUGAUUAUCGAAUUUCAUAUUUCACUGUAUCUACUGGAAUAAUCUAUUUUAGGAUACAUCCCUAAAUUACGUUACAUGUUUUCUAAAAAACUACAUGGGGAGAUCGAUAAAGUGUAAUAAGGAAUGAAAGAAGUUCUCCGUCUAUGUUAUAACCGGAAAUUAACUGUAACUGAACUUUUAUGUCGUAUUCUGUGAUUACAACUGUCAUAAUGAUGCCUUGACAUUUGUUUUGACAAUUAGUCAUCCGUCACAAAGAUGGCUGCACUAAGAGUGUUUAGUCGUAAUUUACCAUAUUUACGACAGCAAUUUUCAGCGUUAUUAGGAAACACUUCGCCUUCUGUAAAAUUUAUAUGUGUUGUUGUUAUUAUUGGCUAUAUAUUAUCUUUCUCCGAUGAUGUCGUGGACGUUUUAAGUGUUACUCCAGGCUAUUUGUUGCCACCUUCUUUUCAAUUGUGGUCUACUUUCACGUUCUGGUUUCUAGAGAUACAUUUGUGGGAGGUUGUGAUUGAUAUAAUUACUGUAGGGUUAUGUGGGAAGCUGAUAGAGCCGCUAUGGGGUCCGAUAGAGAUGAUGAAGUUCUUUUUCUUGACGAAUAUCGGAGUGGCAUUUCUAACAACAUUCUAUUAUUUAGUGAUAUUUGCUUGCACUGGACAAGCCUCGUAUCUAUUCGAUAUACAUGUCCACGGGUUAGCUGGUUACUUGGCUGCAGUAAGUGUAGCUGUCAAGCAGAUAAUGCCAGACCAUCUACUUAUAAAAACACCAUUAGGUAAAUUGACAAAUCGUUCACUACCACUGCUCAUUCUAAUAGCUGCAAUAAUUUUAUGGGCCAUCGGAGCUCUGGAGGGAACCUACCCAUGUAUGUGGGGCAGUGGAGUUAUACUAUCAUGGAUCUACUUAAGAUUCUGGCAACAGCACAGCAGUGGCACCAGAGGAGAUAUGGCUGAUAAUUUCAGCUUCGACAAUUUCUUUCCUACUGUUCUGCAGCCAGUAGUGAGAGGUAUACUGGGUCCCCCGCAUCGCUGUCUAGUGCGUAUUGGAUUAUGCUCCCCUAGUCCACGCAGGGUGCACCUUGCACUUAGCCCACGGGGUGUCACUAUUUCCAUGCCAGGUGUGGAACCACAGGAUAUGGAGAGGCGAAGACAAAUCGCGCUCAAAGCAUUGAGCGAGAGAUUAUCGAAGACAUCAGAACAAACGAGGCAGAAGAACUUAUCAACCAAAGUAAGUAUGGACGCUGUGAGAAAGAUGCAGCCUCCGCAUGUGAUACCGCAAUUCGCGGAGACUCCGUCGAGCAGUCAGGCAACAGCCCCUGCGGAGGUUACCCUCGUCGAUAUCAGCACAGAACCAAUCCCACCCACUACUAAGCAGUCAUGAUCUUCAAAGUCAAAUAUUACUUGAUAACGCUGUUCACAGAACCACUUAGAAAUAAGGCCUCUGUUAGUGACAAAGUCCAAAGCCGGUGUGAAUGAUAAACCGAAUUUACAUGGUUAUGAAUUGAGAUGACAUUUUUGUGAAGGUACAUAUUCAUCAACAGCUUUCAUACGUAUAUAUGCUCUGAAAUUAUCUCAUCCACAUUUCAUAAGUGUUCAUACUUACUGUUGCCUAUCCAUUUGUUACCUUCGACGGCUAAAUGGGUUAAUGGAUUUUAAUGAUUGUAUUUUUGAUAAAAAAACAAAGACGUUGAAACGAGCGAAAAAAGUUUGGACAGAAGUUGUGGAUGAUAGCUAGGCACUGAUGUAGUGACUGUGUUAAGAACAUUACACAGAUGUAAAAACUGCAAGCAUGUGCUUAUAUACAAUAUUUAGUAUAAGAGCAUGUUAAUAAACAAUAUGUAAUGAAAACCUUGAGUAAAUAUAAAUAUGUUUUAUUACACAGAGCAAUGUUACAUGUAAUCAUCUAGUAAGUUU